AUGAACUCACCAGCAGAUGAUAAUAUUGAUGAUAAACAAAGAGCAGCUGUUUUGUUAAGUUUACAAGAAAUGAUUCAAAAGCAAAAAGAAAAUGUCAAGGUGAUGAAUAUUUGUUUUAAUAAGUGCGUGCCAAAAAUCGGAAACAACUUAAGCUCAAAUGAACAGAAAUGCAUUUGGGAUUGUGCAAACAGCUAUUUUUAUGCUAAUGCCUUUCUAAACGAGCGAUUGCAACAAAUGACGAAGCUUUUAAAAUCAAAUAGCGAUUUCAUGAAUUUAUGA